AUGCGCGUAACCGCCUUUUCAAAACAACGAGCCGACUAUCUCCAACGAGGCGCGGCUCUGGACGACUUCGCCGAAAUGAAAGGAAAGUUCGGCAUCGUCGCCACUCAAGGACUUCGCUUGCACCACCAGUACAUGAAGGCGAUGGAACUGGCGCUCAAUCGCUUUCUCAACUUGCCGACGACAAAGGCGAAAGAAAUGGGCAUGCACGCGUAUUUCCGCAUUCCCGAUCCAUGGUACCCGGUGACGAAGCACGUCGAGUGCGCGACGGCAGGUGGCGGCAAGGGAAAAAUUCACUAUUGGUGUACACCUGUAAGAGAGCUAGGAAACCUAAGAGCGAAGAUUUACCAAUUCACGUCUUCAUCCACAGGAAGUUUUCAAUCAUACGAAGAUAUAGCGAAAUCAGCGUUGGAGUACUCAAUUCAAGAAACUUAUGACGGCUUCGUCAACGAAAUCGAAGAGGAAUUUCUCCAAGGCGGGCAGAUUACCUUGGGCCAUAUUUUCGCGCAGUACGGGAGAUGGUCAAAUGUUCUUGAAACAUGCGUGCAGCUCAUAAAUGAGCUCGAAGAAGGAAGGAAAAAGGGUGCGGCAGUGAUUGAUAUUUUGGAGAAUUACUUUGUCCUGAAAGCAUCAGCGAGUAGCGUAUUGCGACAAAUUCUACAAAGUAUUCUUUUUGUUCUUGAGCGAAGGUUUUUCGAGGACUUGGUUUCUUGGUAUCGAGAAGGAUCUGUUGCAGAAGGAUUUAUUCUGGAAGAACGCGAGGAGGAGAGCACAGAUGCGUUCAUUUCUAGCGCAGAUUUAGCUUACAAUCGAGUGCCGAAUUGUGUCUCUUCUUGUGCUGCAAAUCGAAUCGUAGCUGCUGGAAAUUGGAGAAAAAUGAUCAAGAACCAAGAAAUGACCAUGAAUUCGGGAAAGGAAGAAGAAGGUGAAGACGACUACACAACUAGAAAACUCGACUCUGACAUUUUCGAGCUGUGCGAAGAGUUGAUCAUCGGCGAGGGGCAGCUAAACUGGGACCUGACCAACGUUGAAAUCGAGCGACUGGACUGGAAUCGCCUGGACGAAGUAACAGAAAAAGUCUUCAAGCUCAUUUCCAGCUUCUUGUGGAACAUUUGCCAGGAAAAUCAAAUGCUGACAAAGCACUUCGAGAACAUCCGAAACGUCUAUCUGAUGAACAGAGGCGACUUAUUCACAUGUUUCUCUGACUUUCUCGCUCAGCACUUGACUGAUGUUAACGCCUGGAAUCCUUACAAAAGAGCGUGGAACCUGAGUUGCUGGAAAUGUGGCGUUGACAAUUACGAAGACCUUUUUAACAUCAAAGUGUCGAAGUCGCAUAUUACUCCGCUUGAGAACGGCGCAAGUCCUUAUCCAUUCAAAUCGAAAAAUCAACUUUCGAAGCUCCUUAUUUCGCCAGUUAUCGAUCCUCGAUUGAAGUUUCUUUUCACAGAAGGCCACACGCACAAAUGUAACAUCAUCUAUCAAUUUCAUGGCCGUUUGAACGUCAUCUUCACAUCCAUGGGCCUGGACCUUCCUGCUGAACCGAAGCUCUUCGUAAUCAAACGAUGGGUAUCCGGAAUGGUCUGUCACCAAGCCCUGAAGUUGCAAACAAACUGGAAGCUAUUCCAACAGUCGCUAGAAGUUAAAGAUCUGGAAGCAAUUAUGCAAGCGUUCGAGAAAAUGCUGCAUAGCUGUCUGCGAGACUGCUUCUUCUUAGACCUUGAGCUUCACAAUUCCUACAACGCUAUUGUCGAGCGCUUAGAGAAAAAUUCAAAAGAUGUUUCGAGCGACGAAAUCAUCGAAAAGAUCAACGAGUUCACGACGAUUUUACAAGAGAAGGAGCAAAAUGAUUUGCUCAUUUUCCUCAAGUAA